AUGUUAUGUUAUCCCAUUGCAGAUAGAAAUUUCUAUCUGAAAGAUACUAGUAGCUAUUUCUUGUACUUGGUUUCGCAACUGUUGUUUACAUAUUUUGAAGCUGGGUUAAUUGAUAAGAAGAAUUUGAAUGGUUUAGCGAAGAUUAGUGUGCGGUGUGAGUUUAUUGGAUAUAUUGGUAGUGUGAGUUUGAAAGUUAAGGAAUUAAGAAAUAUUAAUGAAGAUGAGGAGUGUUUGCUUUCGACUAUUGGGGUUUCGAUUAUUAGGGGAAUUGGGUAUGCUGAGGAAGAAGCGAAAUUGAGGUUUAAAAAGUUGAUGAAGAGAUUAUCAGUAAUUCAAGAUUUUGCUGAUGGGCUAAUGGCUUUAGCUGAUAUUAGGGAUGGUAAAGGUUUGCUUUCUGCACCGUUGUUGUUGCCAUUGGCGGGUUUGUUGUCAGCUCUUAUUAGCACGCGUAAGAAUUGGAUUUCUUGCUGA